AUGGGUGCUGUUCAUCGAGGAGCAACUUUUUGGCCUGGAGAUGGGAUGCCGUCGAGAAGCCAUGUGGGCGACAGGACCCCGACGAAAAAGUCGAAAAGGAAAAUUAUCGGAGAAUUGUCGGGGAACGGGGUCGCCGAUGGGAAGGAGUCCAGUCCCCGACGACUAUUUUUGUUGCUGUCAAAUUACGCUAUUCGCCUGUCAUUCGUACUAGAUGGCUGUGCAUCGGUGGUGAAGAAUGUUUCAUUAGCAGCAUUUGUCAUUGAGCGAUUUUGUACGUAA